GCCACGGUGCGGGGCUUCCGGCGGCGCCUGGCGCGGCGGCGGCGGCCCGUGCUGCUCCGCCCUCCGGACGGGAAGUAAAAUGCUUUCUAUGGGGACUUCUGCUUCUGAUGCCAGGACACUUUUGAAGACUUACUUUGUUGCUCGGCUUCAAGGAAGAUGAAGUUGUUAAUGAAUUCUGAGCAUCCUUCAGGAGGCUAGUGACCCUUCUAUCAUUGGUGAAUGCUGUCAUGGACAACUUCAAAGGCUCUUUUCCAAAACACCACAAGCAGUUAAUGCACCUUAUAAAGGACUCUUGACCUUUUUGCAUCUUCCUAAGUCAUAUCUAGAUGUCACCAGUGUUUCCCAUGUUAACAGUUCUGAGCAUGUUUUACUAUAUGUGCCUUCGGCGCCGAGCUAGGACAGCGACGAGAGGAGAAAUGAACAGCCGGAGGGCUAUUGAAUCAAACACCCGAGCCUUACCUAUCAACGUUGAAAUAGUUCAGUAUGCCAAAGAAGUGUUGGAUUUCAGCUCUCACUAUGGUAGUGAAAACAGCAUGUCGUACACCAUGUGGAAUUUAGCGGGUAUUCCAAACGUGUACCCUAGUUCUGGUGACUUUACUCAGACUGCCGUCUUUCGAACUUACGGGACCUGGUGGGAUCAUUGUCCUAGCGCUCGCCUGCCAUUCAAGAGGACGCCACCCACCUUCUGUAGCCAGGACUACGUGGAACUCGCUUUUGAGGAACCAGUUUAUCCCACCGCAGUGCACAUUCUGGAAACAUAUCAUCCUGGAGCUGUAGUCAGGAUUUUGGCAUGCUCUGCAAAUCCUUACUCUCAAAAUCCACCAGCUGAAGUAAGAUGGGAAAUCCUUUGGUCUGAGGCACCUACAAAGGUGAAUGGUCCUCAGGCUCGGCAAUUCACACCUUGUAUCAAGCAGAUAAACUUUCCCACAAACUUAAUCCGAUUGGAAGUGAACAGCUCUCUCCUGGACUAUUACACCGAAUUGGAUGCAGUAGUACUACAUGGUGUGAAAGAGAGACCUGUGCUUUCACUUAAGACUUCGAUGAUUGAUAUGAAUGAUAUUGAUGAAGACGAGGAUGAAGAGAAGUAUGGCUGUGGAAUGGACAACCUUAAUAAGCAGUUAAGCAUUGUUACCCUCAGGGAAUGGCCGACUAACGGAUAUUUUGAUAAACUGCCUUAUGAGCUCAUCCAGUUGAUUUUGAGUCACCUUACAGUACCAGACCUGUGUAGACUAGCGCAAACUUGUAAGCUACUGUAUCAACAUUGCUGUGAUCCUCUGCAGUACAUUCAUCUCAGUUUACAACCUUACUGGGCAAGGAUUAAUGACACAUCUCUGGAAUACCUACAGUCUCGCUGCACUCUCGUUCAGUGGCUGAAUUUGUCUUGGACUGGAAACAGGGGAGCCAUCUCUGUUUCUGGAUUUAGCAGGUUCUUGAAAGUUUGUGGCUCUGAAUUAGUACGUCUUGAGUUGUCGUGUGGCCAUUUCCUCAAUGAAACGUGCUUGGAGGUCAUUACUGAAAUGUGUCCAAAUCUUCAGGAAUUAAAUCUCUCAUCCUGUGAUAAAAUACCACCUCAGGCUUUCAACCACAUAGCCAAAGUGGGCAGCCUAAAGCGUCUCAUUCUCUACCGAACAAAAGUUGAGCAAACAGCCCUGCUCAGUAUUCUGAACUUCUGCUCGGAGCUGCAGCACCUCAGCCUGGGCAGCUGCGUCAUGAUUGAAGACUAUGAUCUUAUAGCAAGCAUGAUGGGAGCAAAAUGCAAAAAGCUUCGCAGUCUGGAUUUGUGGAGAUGUAAAAACAUAACUGAAAGUGGAAUAGCAGAAUUGGCUUCAGGCUGCCAGCUUUUGGAAGAACUUGAUCUUGGCUGGUGCCCUACGUUACAGAGCAGUACGGGCUGUUUCACAAACCUUGCACGUAAACUCCCAAACUUGCAAAAGCUCUUUCUUACGGCCAACAGGUCUGUGUGUGACACAGACAUUGAGGAGCUUGCUGCUAACUGUACGCGUUUACGGCAGCUGGAUAUAUUGGGGACGAGGAUGGUAAGCCCUGCAUCUUUAAGAAAACUGCUGGAGUCUUGUAAAGAUCUUUCUUUACUCGAUGUGUCCUUCUGUUCACAGAUUGAUAAUAGAGUUGUCCUAGAGCUGAAUGCCAACUUUCCUAAUGUGUUCAUUAAAAAGAGUUUCACCCAGUGACUCACUACAUAUGCUGCUGUGGAAUUUGUUUGACAGAGUUGUUUCCUGUGAAUUUGUGCUGACUUUUUUUUUAAGAAGAAUAUAAAUCCCCUAUGAAAUAGUGGAAAGUAUUAAUUAUCUACACAAAUGGGUAAAAUACAUUUAAAUAUAUUAUGCAUUUCUUAAAGAAUUGAUAUUGUACCUAACAGUUGUUUUACUCUGUGUUAAUUUGUGGCACUGCAUGUUUUUAAAUACCAGCCAUAUGUGUGGCUUCAAUGAGAAGAAAGUGAAGAAUGUCAUUUAACUGUCCCUUGAUAGGGUGUGUGAUACACAAUAAACUAUGUUAAUAUCCAGGUGAAAGCAGAAGUUCAAUAUUUAGCAGUAAGCAAAAGAUGGGUGCUUCCUCUUUAUGUAUAUGUGUUUGUGUGUGUAUAUAUAAAUGUAUGCAGAUGUAUUUGUAUAUACAUACACACUUACUGUAGCAUUCUAGUUUGGCCAGCAGCGUAAGUUGUUAUGAUCUGGCCUAUAAUUAGUUGUUUGAAAAUCCAUUUAAGCUUGUGUAAGAAUGGAUUGAAAAGACACUUUGUCUUCAUUUUUUUGGCAGUGAAUUGUAUCUGAUACGUUUUUUUCUCCCUUCCUCCACCUGAAUUAGAUGUAGUGAUGUUUUACAGACCAGCCUAAGCGACACAACAGAUAAAUGCAAGAAUCUUCCACCUGAACUUAGAGCAGAAACGAAAGAGAAAAUUGCCAGCUGCUUCUUGGUAUUGGAGAUAAAGUUUGAGCCAGGUACUUAGUGUCGUAACUGGUAAUGUGUAGAAAACUCCAGAGCAAUUUUCUUUUCAAAUUUCUGUCAUUGUCAAGACUUGAUUUGUGAUACAUCUGGUUAUCAUGCAAAGUACCAUGAAAAGUAGGACUUGGGAUAAUGCGUUAGCAACUGUCCCCUACACUGGCAUCCAAUCUACUGUCAAGUGUAAAACCAAACUUUUUGUUCAGUAAAACAGCAAUGAAAAUAUAGUGAGUUUGAAACAAGGGCAGUAUAAUUUGGUGGUUUAAUAAUCACCAAACCUUAGUAUUGGAUUUGUUUUGGGUUUGGGCUUUGGUUUUUCGUUUGUUUUUCCAAGAGGUGAUUGCUCAAAGUACUAUUGCACUCUUUCUCUUUAAUACUGUUUAGCUUCUGGAGAAGGAAAACUGUGUCGAUGGACAAAUUUUAGAGGUUUCUUCCUUUUGUGCUUCCUUGGAUGAAAUGUUUUUUCUUUUUUUUUCUUGAAUACCACUGCUAGAGUAUGUUGCUAUGUACAGAUUGAGUUUUGAAUUUUACCUUUUUAGCCAUUGUUGAUGAAUAUGGACCAUGAAACACUGCCUGUCAUUUGCUAUUGGCUCCACUAUUCUUGUAUCGAUGGCGCUUAUUAUCUGCUGGAAUAAGAAGGAAAAUAUUUGUCUGGCAGAAGUACAUUAUUGCACCGACGAUCACUGGCAAAGAAUACUUCCAUUUAUGCAGUAAAUAACUGACCGCUACUAGAGGACUGCUAUGAAUCAUUAAGGAUUUGACGAGCCCUGUGACUCCUGAAUGAACGCUUUGAACUCUUUUUGCUGGUGCCAAUGCUUUAUAAACCAUGUCAUGAAACAGUUACAGAACAUUUAUCUGAUUUUAUAAACAGACCUUUUUCUUCAGAUUUUUAAAUUUUACAGAUACUUUUGGGAAUUCCAGAUCCAAAGAAGGGCAUGCACAGUUGGCUUUUUGAUUUUUUUUUUUUCCCUCCACACAGAUGGCACUAUGGGAUUUGCAACUAGAUUAUGCCAUUCCAUUAUUUUUUUUUUUUUUUUUUUUUUUUUUUAGAAAACUGGACAUUGUCAGAGAUCUUUAGAUUCAGAUUUAGUGGGGGGGUUUCCAAGUUGACAGAUCUCAGCUUUGGUAUGAUUCUGUGUGAAACCUCAUUUCUUUCUAUCAGGUUUGGGUUGAUUUAUUUUUCUGGGAGCUUUACUUUUAACUUUUUUAAUCAACAAGUAAUUUUUUUUCAUUGUAAUUGAGUAUUAAACAUUAUUGUCCUAGUUCUAGGAGAACACAGGUUCAGAUAAUGGGAGUUUACAAAGAACAGUAUUUCAGAACAAAUGUUUUUGUUGUGAAAUUUCACUUCUCAGGGUGCAUCUGUGUUUAUCUCCUUUUUUUUCUUAGAGAUCCUUCUUGUUUGUUUUUCACUGUAAAUAGAAUGGGAUGUGGAUGAAGUGUUAGCCAUUGUGCCUUCAAACUGGUAAACUUGGUAAAUAAUAGUUUCACUUCUACAGCAUCAGUGAAUCAAAUAAGUGUUUUUGUAAUCAUGUAUGUGUAAAGGAUUUCAUUCUAUGUUGCUUUUUUGGUAGUAUAAAGGAGUUUUAAAUUGACAUGAUGGUCAUACUAAAGGAUUUUUGUCUUAUGUUGUGCUUUCUGUUUGAAAUUGAUUUUGUCAAGAAUUCUCUAUUGUCACUUGAAAGAUAAAUUGAAGUCUACUUUUUAUUUGGACUAUUUAAAACUUCACUAUCACUAACACAUAAUUAGUCCAAAUGGCAGAGAAAUAAUUGGGAAGGACUUCCAUCUAUAGCUGUAGACUUUAUCCUUCAAUCAGUGAGUAAGCUCUUUUAGCCGUGGCUUUAUACCUCCAAGAAGUCUUCCAGCAAAGAGACGUUUCUAAUAUUUCCAGGAUAAAGAAAACAAUAUGCUUUCAAACCUUCCUUAUACAUCACAAAGAAGCAAGAACAGAUCUUUCUCUUUAGUUCUGUUAUUUUAUACUUAUGCGUGUAUAUCUCUUUAUACAUAUGUAUGUAGAAAUUGUAUAUAUGCACACAUAUGUUUGUGCGUGUAUAUGAAUUUUAUUUGUGUGUGUGUACAUACUUACACAUAUGUAUAAAUCUCAAAGUUUUUCAUGUAGGAAUAACUUGUGUGCAGUGAAUGUAAUAACAAAAGGUGUUUGAUAGCAGUUCUGGUUUCAGCUGUUGUUUUAGUGUGCCUGGAGACGGAGUUCCUCUCCACCUGUGCAGCAGGAAAAGCCUGGGCAGGAGGCGUGCUGGAUUUCUUGUGUUGCUUUGCCAAAGUGCCUUUUGGUUUGUCUACACGUGGAAGGUGUUACAGGGUAUGCCAGAGUGCAAAUGCAGAGUCCGAUAACUACUGUGGACUGUCUCCUUGUGAAGCUGUCAUAUAGAGGAAAAUUUGUUCUAGUUUCAUUUAAUCCAAAAUGAAUGAUGCCAAUUCCUCCGUUGGAGGAAUUUUAAUUAUUCUGGAAUUGGGUUGUCAUCUCUAACACUAGACCAUCCCUCAGUCACAUUAUCUAAAUUCUGCUUUUAAGGAUAUUCCAUUUUUUUUAAUCUUGUACUUUGAUCUUGUCUGUCUCUCAGAAGCAUUGUAAAAGAUGUACUUUGGCAACAGAUGUUAAAAAAACACUGCUAACAUGUCAAAAAAAAAAAAAAAAAGGCUUGCUCUGAAGUGCUCCUGUUCCUAAACUAAAGGAGGGCUUCCAUACUAUCUGUAUGAAAUUGGUGUGGGAUGGCAUGUAGGCAGAUAUGUCAUUCUUUCGGUCAUUUUAAAAAUUAAUAUGAUAAUUUUACCAUUGAAAGCAUCUUCCCAACUCUUGAAGGCUUUAAUUGAAUAGUGUACAUACUUGUAUUCAUAAUUCUGAGCUUUCUGGCUGGAUAACUCUAUGGAAGUUUGAUGGGGUUUGUUGUUUAAAUUAUGCACAUGAUUAAGUACAUUAGUGAGCAGGACUUAUAUGGAAGAACAGGUUUGCAUAGGAGUUUGGACUUUAGAAUCACUGUGUACUUGGAGGUCCAAAUUUCAGACAAAAAAAAGACCUUGUAUUUACUGCCUGAUUUGUUCCUUGGGGCUCUCAUGCCUACUUUUCCAGAUACAGGAUGUCCAGUAAUCGUGGUACACAGUGAGUAGAAUUCAUCUCACUGAAUUUUAGCGCUCUCAAAGUUAGACAUCUAGUUUAAGGGAGGAAUCUGGGCACCUCUAGAGAGCUAUUAAUCUCCUCCUAAGAUAGAUAUUGAAGGAAAGUGGAAUGAAUCAUGUUCUGGAGAGCCUCUCUGGAGACUGUGGAAGCUGUGAUUUAGCUCAGGUUAGAUACCUGGCUUUAGAAUACUAAAGUGAUAUUAAUUCCAUCCAGCGCUGUACUACCUGUCUUGGAAUAGCAAAAAACAAGACUGGAACAACAUCCAUCCCCAAACCUCAAAAUUUGCCAAAAUCCGUCCAGAAAGAAGCAAAUUAACUUAAAAAGUCAAUGUUUUAAAUGCCAGGAUCUGCUUCUGCUCCUGAGUCCCUUGCCAAUGCUGGUGGUAUGUUUUUUUUUUCUUUUUUUUUUUUUAAUUUUUUGGUGGAAAUGCGUCCUUUUUCCCUGUUCUGAAAUCUCUGGCUAUAUCUAUACUUCUGUAAAUGCAUGAAAUUAAUGGGAAAAUGUAAUUAAUGUAUUGUGGCUAUUUGAUAAUCUUUCAUGUUGCUAUAAUUCAGACUAUGGCUAGGUUACCUGCUUUCCUGUCAUCCCAAAUGUUACCCACUGUGCAUUUGCAAAAAUUGUGUGUUUAAUCCUGGUUCUUACCGUCCGUACUUAUUGCAUCUUACGAGUUAUGUUUCCCAUGUCACAUCUGCAGGACUACUAAAUUUACAAAAUCUAGAUAAAAUGUAGCAUUUCAUUGUAUGCAGUAUGGGGGUGACUUUAUUGAUUUACAUGUUCGUUAUUACUCUUUUGCAAUGAUUCCGUAAGUUGUAGCUUUUGAAAUUACUAGGCUAGAAAUUCCUGGUUUAAUGCAUCUGUACAUGCUGUGUUGGACACCGUCAGGAUUUUUCCCAAAUGCAGGCAUUUGUCCUUCACUGAGAUGACAAUUUCUGUGAUUUUAGAUUUCUGACUUGAUAAUGAAAAAGGGCUCUUUACUAAAUAUUGCCAGGCAUGGGGACAGGUUGUGAGAACUGACAUGAGGAAGAGCUGAAACAUGAGUCUUGCGUGUUACAGAUCCUCAUGAUCAUCAAAGAAGGACCUCGGCAAGAGGUGGCUCUUUUUAAGAAGAUUCAGCCUCAGUAAUAGCAGGCAGUGGCAAGAUUUUCCUUUUUAGCUAAUGGACUAAGUACUGUUAUUUUAGUUUGAAUUAUGUAGCUCUAGUUUCUCCCUGUCUUGUUUUCAUUUAAGAAUGAUAAAUGGCACAGCUAGGACAGACAUCCUGAAUUGGAGAGGAUCCUUUGUGAGGAAUGAAGUUUUUCUCUUGCCUGUUUUGUUCCCUUUUCUAAAAACAAACAAAUAAAAAAAGCCUCAACUAUUUCAAAGCUCUCUCUUUUUCCUUGGAUACUGAAGAAAUGCAAAUGUCAGGAAAGUUGAGAAAGGAAACAAAGGGGACUUAUUCACAUUUAUCUGGAAACUCAUGAAAGGGUGGCCAGAGCUAUUUAUAGACGUGAGGAAAGUAAGUGCAUUGUUCUAGAUCAGCUGUCAUCUUUCCCAGAAAUUUAGUUUCCCAUAUAGUUUCACAUGCUCAUACUUCUAAGUCGAGAUUUAGCAUUUAGAUGCUUUUAAUACUGACCUUUCAAAUACGUGCUUGUGCAGUAAUUCCUGAUGUUUCUUUGUUUCAUUUUUAUGAACUACAUAAAAAUAUUUUUUUCUUCACCUAUCGCUGCCCAUCUGCAUUUUUUUGUUGAACUCUGAAAUGAUUUUGUGCAUGCACACACAGACACAUCUAAGACUUAAUUGUUUAGGAUUUUUGUAAUUGGUCCUUUUAUGAGGACAAAUAAAUGGCAGUUUCGAGGUGAAAAUGGUGAAGAGAAGGUUGCAGGGAAAUCUUAUCAAUGUAUAGGAAUACCUGAUGGAGAGGGCGACAAAGAAGAGGAAGACAUAUCCCACGCACAGGACAAGAGGCAGUGGGCACAAACUGAAACACAGGAGACUCGGUCUGAACACAAGACAACACGUUUUAUGGCGAGGGUGACUAAGAAAGCCUGUGGAGUCUCCAUCCUUGGAGAUACUCAAAAGCUGCCUGGACAUGGUCCUUGGCAACCAGCUCUAGGUGGCCCUGCUUGAGCCAUAGAUGAGCUCCAGAGGUCCCUUCCAACCUCAAACGUUCUGUGGUUCUGUGAUCUGAGACUUGCCCUUUGGUUGUUCCGUUUGCUUCAGUGUACUGAUUGCUGAAGAUGAAAGUGGUCAGAAAGGAAAUAAUACCUAUCUUAAGAAACUUGAAAUGUCGAGAACAGUCACAAGAAUCUUGUUGGUUUUUAAUUUCCUUUUUUUUUUUAAGGAAAGUUGGUUUUUUUUCUUGGUUUAAAUUAGUAAGAAAAUCUAAAUGUAACUUACUAAAAUAAAAUUUUGGUAAUGUUUUUGACAUACAGUUCUGUAAUGUACAAAACACAUGAUUACAGGAGUAUUAUUGUCACUCUGAAGUCUGAAAGUUAGACCAAGGACUAAGAUAAAUAUCCCUAUUCUUGGGUACUGACAAUAGUUUCUGUUUAGAAAAUUAGUUGUCUAUCAUAUAUUAGGAACAGUUUAGUUUGCAUAUUUUUUGUAUUAGUUUACGUAGAUCGUAUAAUAAAUUGGGAUUACCAUGGCUUAGGUGCCAGUUGUUUCUGCUUACCGAGUAUAGUGGUUAGCUGUUCGUAGUGCCAAAACAUGAAAGUUUGAAUUCAGAUGAAGAAGAAGACAAAGUUUAUGAAACACUGAACUGUCUGAGCAUUUUAGGGAGAUACUGUGUAAUUGUGGUGAAUUACCAUCUUUUGUGCACUUACCGUUAUUUGUCAAGAGCUGUGGGGUAGUACUACUCACCAUCAGGAGAUGGGUUCUCUCUCUCAGACCUUGGUCUCUUUAGGUUUAUUUUCCUCAGGGCAGUGCCACAGAUUUCUGCACAUACACACUAUUCUGGAACUAAUAGAGGCAAAUUAAAAAUAGCUGGUUUAGUUGUGAUUUGGAAACUAAUGGCUGGGCUAUGCUUGGAGUUAUUUUGGAAGAGUUACUGAAAGUGAAUUAAAAUAACAAGGAAUUGGUGUGUUGCAGGGAUGCUGUGCACUUUUUGAUUUAACUUUCACAUACAGACAAGUCCUAAUUACCAGCUGUCCCUUGAGCUAUCUUAGCAAAAUCAGUGCAAUGGUCUCACUCUACUUAUUCCUAGUGAGCAUAAAGCCACUGCAGCUCUUCAGCAUCUUGUGGCUUUUUGCAUUCCUCUCCUUACCAGGCAGAGAGUGGAUUUGGGGUGUCUUGAGACUGGCCUGAGCUCCGCAAGUGAGGUGCGUGAAUUGCGUGGGGAAAUUUCCUGCUCACGUUUAUUCCUAUGUGCAGAGGAGAAGGAAUGGCAUCUCCAGGCCUUCAAAUUUAAAUACCUGAACCCAGCACCUGGAUUCAUUUAAAAAUAAUAAGUCUCUCCUUGCCCCCCCUCAGAUAACCAGCAACAAAAUACUUGUGCUGUGUUUAUGAUUUAAUAACAUGCUCCACUUUCUGCCGCAACAAUAGGAGUUUGAGUAAUGUUGCAAUGAACUCCUACUGUAUUACCUUUUAAAGGAACUAAUUUAUAUAAAAGGUGGAAGAGCAGCAAUAGAGGGAACAGUUCUGGACACUAUCUGUAAAUAGCUCUGCUAUGCCAGUAAGCACCAAGAAGCAAGUUAUGCCUUUUUUUAAUAACAAGUCGAGAAGGACAAAAGGGAUAAUUGCCUCUAAGCACAUUUUCUAUAGCUGGAGGAUAUUUGUAUCAUCUAAUUUUAAAUAUCUAGGGUAGGUACUAAAGUUAGGAAACUAGUCUCCUCUGAUCCCUUCACUCUGGAGAGACAGGUUCCUCCGCUGGGUAAUUCAGAUUGGGAGAUCAAUCUUAAAUUGAGGUCUUGAAUUGACCUCUGGAGAAGCUGAGGUCCACAUAGACCACUUCUGUUGGAAGCCAGCUUCCUGGACAAUGCGGGCUGUCCUAGCACGUGUGGAUUUAGAGUGAGAUGCUCCCUAUUAGCCCCUUCCAUCAAAGGCCACUGCUUUCUUUACUCUGUUGCUCCCUAUAAAAUGUCUUGGCUAAAGCUAGAAAACUUUUUGUUUUCUGGUAGCUGAGUCUAUAGAAGUACUUGUUUUUCUUCUUUUUUUCCCCUCACAAGUUGGGCAUUAAAACCUGAAGAAGGAAGAGGACAGUAAACUUCAGUGAAAAGAAUUAACAAGCAACGGGUGGGAGCAUGUUGGCUGUGCAAAUGUCUUAAUUCAACUUAGCAUACAUGAGGAUAGCCACUUUCGAUGGUGUUCCAAGGCUCCUUAACUUUUAGAUAACUUCACCUCACUACUGCAUCCAAAAGAUGUCCAAACUGAGGUGGUUUAUUUUCACCCCGUAAUGGUGGUUCAAGCCCUGAAGCAUAAAAUCAACAUCUGAGAACAAGCAAGUUCUAACUGGCUUCAGUAACUUUCCUAACUAAGGUCCUUUGAGCAACAGACGUUGGAAGGUUUAGAUCAGAAAGGCUAGCAAGAGCAUAUUUGAAGCGUGGUGAAGGCAGCGGUUAGCAAAACCAAAAGUGGGAGGUGGGGGCAGUGGUUUGUGGACAUGUUUUUCCACAACUGUUUCCUGAUGUUAAGCUACAUGGCCCCACGAAGCUAACAUCCACUACUUUGCACUGUUGCAGUCCUAAAUAUAGUCAAUAUUCUAAGAGCUGUGUCUGCACGUGCAACCUUAGAUCCCAAAUUUGUUCUCUGUGCUGUCAUUCAGUAAGUUGUACACAUUCAGCAUUAAACCCAUUUUUCAUUUUGUGCUCUUCUUACUGUGAUAGCAGUGUUUACCUUAGCAUCUUCUGUAAAUUUGUUUUUAAUAUUCCCCUCUGUAAUUGGUUUGCGUGGCAAGGCUUUGGUAGCAGAGGGGCUACAGGGGUGGUUUCUGUGAGAAGCUGCCAGAAGCUUCCCCCAUGUCCGAUAGAGCCAAUGCCAGCCGGCUCCAAGACGGACCUGCUGCUGGCCAAGGCUGAGCCUAUCAGUGAUGGUGGUAGUGCCUCUGGGGUAAUGUAUUUAAAAAGGGGGAAAAAAACCUGUGCCACAGCAACUGCAGCCAGAGAGAAGAGUGAGACGAUGUGAGAGGAACAACUCUGCAGACACCAAGAUCAGUGCAGAAGGAGGGGCAGAAGGUUCUCUAGGCGCCAGAGCAGAGAUUCCCCUGCAGCGCCUGGAUAAGACCGUGGUGAGGCAGGCUGUCCCCCUGCAGCCCAGGGAGGUUAAUGAUGGAGCAGAUAUCGACGCUGGAACAGGUGGAGGACCUCAUGCCAGAGCAGGUGGAGGCACUCGAAGGAGGCUGUGACCCUGUGGGAAGCCCAUGCUGGAACAGGCUCCUGGCAGGACCUGUGGACCCAUGGAGAGAGCAGCCUACACCAGAGCAGGUUUGCUGGCAGGACUUGUGACCCCGUGGGGGACCCACGCUGGAGCAGUUUGUGAAGAACUGCAGCCUGUGGGAAGGACUCACAUUGGAGAAGUUCAUGGAGGACUGUCUCCCUUGGGAGGAAUCCCAUGCUGGAGCAGGGGAGGAGUUCUCCUCCUGAGGAGGAAGGAGCAGCAGAGACAACGUGUAAUGAACUGACCACAACCCCCAUUCCCCGUCCCCCUGUGCUGCUGGCGGGGGAGAGGUAGAGAAUUCGGGAGUGAAGUUGAGCCUGGGAAGAAGGGAGGGGUGGGGGGAGGUGUUUUGAUGUUCGGUUUUAUUUCUCAUUACUCAACUCUGAUUUGAUUGGUAAUAAAUUAAAUUAAUUUCCCCAAGUCGAGUCUGUUUUGCCCCUGACGGUAAUUGGUGAGUGAUCUCUCCCCAUCCUUAUCUCGACCCACGAGCCUGUUGGUACCUCUCCCCUGCCCAGCUGAGGACGGACAGUGACAGAGCGGCUUUGGUGGACACCUGGCCUCCAGCCUGGGUCAACCCACCACAGCCCUCUGAGGCUUGUGCUUUUUUUAUAUUUAUGCAAGUACUUGAUUACAUUUCAAAACGAAGGGGUUUUCCCCUCCGAGUGCUCUGCUUGACCAACAGUAAAUGGUCAAGUGAAUGUUGUUAGUGUGUUACUCCUGUUCACGUUUGACUACUGCAUCUUCUCUCUCCGUGUAACCCCACGGUCUCUGUGCACGUGCGGGCACAGCUCAGGCACGCAGACCUGGCGGCUCCUCCUUUGAAUGCCUUUGACUCCUACCACUUAAUUUGUAUUUCUGGUAAGAGGUAAGGGUUUACUUGAACACACGUAAAACAGAGGUGUUAGCCCUAUAUUUAUAAAUGAUUGAAUUUAUUAUGGAGAAAUCAUCUAAUGCCUUAUAUUGCUAACGCAAAGGUAGGGGUUUUUUAUCUUAAAAAGUUAAUUACAUAUUUACACACCAAUUAUUUCCAUUUAGUGAAUUAAGCCUUUUUUAUUCUGGUGUGUCGGAUCAUUUAAAAUGUCAUAAUAUUGUGUUGUACAGUUUUAUUCUGUUACUGCCAGUAUAAAGAAGUUGAAGUUAAUGUCCUCGCCGAGUUGUCAGUGUCUGCUAAUUCAGAGAUGACAGAAAUGUGUUAAAAUAUAUUCAACCUAUAAUAUUUAUUUUGCUUUGCACUUAAUUUUUUUUCCCUUUGACUGUGUUGAAAACUACCACGUGUACAUAAAAUAAUGAAU